AAUAAACACUAAAACAAUGAUUGUUCCCACUGUUAACCGUACCUUAAGGAAGGAGAAAGCUACCCCGAGCUUUACAGGUGCUAGGUGAAGUAAUAGCAUGAGAGAAGCUAUUUUUCUUUUUGUAGUCAUAGGGCUUUAUCUGGUAUCUAAGGGAAAAUGUGAAUCGGACUGUGAAAACUCUAAACAUUGUCCCAAGACAGAAUGGAUGCACCAGUGGUACAUAUGGCUUGUGGUUACUGCUGGAAUUUUGCUUCUGAUGUUUGGAGUUACCUGUGCAUGUCUGCGUUGCUGGUACCUGAGACAACAGCAGUGCCCGGAGAGAGCAGGGGAACAGCCCUGUGAAGUCACAGUCAUAGCCAUCGACCAUGACAGCACCAUUCAAAGUACUUUAACCUCUCUUCAGUCAGUGUUUGGCCCGGCUGCCCGGAGGAUAUUUGCUGUGUCUCACUCACAUGGUCCUGCACCUCAGUUCACCUCUACUGGACCAGAGACCCCUCCAUGUUACGAGGAAGCCCUGCACAUGAGCAGAUUCACUGUUGCCCGCAGCACUCACAAACUUCCCCCUCUUGCCCCAGUUCCAGAAGAAAGAAAUGAAAUUCCUAUACUGCAAUAAACAGACAAAACACAACACGAAACUACAAAUAUUGUACACGCCAACAGUGAAGAUUUUUUCACCCUUGAGUAUCAUUGACUCUUUUGCUUAUUUGUUGACUCUGUCAACUGGUAUGUCAACAUUCAAUAGUGACAGUUUCCUGUUGACAACAGAUUUUUUUUUCCCCCAAUGGUCAUAAUAAUUAAUAAUACAAAGAUAUUAUGACAAAAUGGCCAAUUUUAGUCAAAGUCAUCUUCACUUUGUGGUUGUAUUUCGUCAGUUUUUAAACCAAGGCCAGAUGUGGAUCAAGUAGGAAGUUCUUCACAUUUCUUAUUCCUGUUGAAUCCAUUUCUGACUUUGACUAAAAGGGGUACUCUGGCCCUGAGACAUCUUAUCCUCUGUCCAAAGGAUAGGGGAUAAGAUGUCUCACCGUAGGGGUCCCGUCGCUGGGGACCCCCGCAAUCUUGUAUUCACCACCACCUGUUUGUGCUGCACACCGUGGUGCCAGCUCACAAACAGCCGGGUCACGACCACGGGGCCGGAGUAUUGUGACGUCCCGACUCUGUCCCCGUGUGACGUCAUCCCUCGC